CCCUGCGGCGGCUGUCCGGCUCGUGAGCUCCGCGUGGAUCCGGUGCUGGGCCCCCUGCGCUCUGGGGCCCUGGGGUUGUGUUUCCGGCAAAGGAUGUUUUCCGAGAAGGCCUGGGAGCGGCUGUAAAUAAUACCCGAGAGGAAACAGGCCCGGCAGGUGUUUUUGCGAGUCCCGGCGUUGGGUGUGGCUGCGGUGGGCGCGCAGGCCGCAGAUGAGGAAACAGACUAGGAGGGCUUUAGGCAUCUGGACUCUGCGGGGCGGCCCAGGCGCGCAGCCCGUUUCCCUGUGGGUUGAGGACGUGGGAGAAGUGGGCGGCCCACCCCGCCCCGCGCGUGGAUGGGGGCCUGGGGCAGGUCCGCGGUGAAGGCGCCGCCCAAGCUCUCUGAGCACCCGGGGACCGCUCCUAGACCCCAGUAUGGGACCCAGACCCCCUGAGGACCUCGUAUGCAUUGGGUCUGUGGCUCCAUCCCAAUCUUCAUGAAGAGGGCCUGCAGUGAAUUUGGGGAGAGUGAGCCGGUGAAGGGUCAGGAAAUAAGUCACAUGAGGCAUGGUUGAAGAAUUGGGGAUGUUUAACCCAGACAUGGCAGGACUGGGGACACUUGACCACUGUCUGGAAGUAUUUGAAAGACUUAUGAAGGGGCCAGCCCCUCCACACCUGUGGGUAUUUCUCGUCAGGUGGGAGGAGAGACUGAGAAAAGAAAUAAGACACAAAGUAUAAAGAACAGUGGGCCCAGGGGACUGGCGCUCAGCUUAUGAAGGACCCCCACCAGCGGCGGUCUCUGAGUUCCCUCAGUAUUGAUCAUUAUUUUUACUAUCUUAGCGAGGGGAGUGUAGCAGGGCAACAGGUGGGGAGAAAGAAGGUCAGCAGGGAAACGUGAGCAAAGGAAUCUGUAUCCUUGAACUUAUGAUCAUAAGUUCAAGGAAAGGUACUGUGCCGGGAUGUGCACGUAGGCUAGAUUUAUGUUUCUCUUUACCCAAACAUCUCAGUGUAGCAAAGAGUAACAGAGCAGUAUUGCUGCCAGCAUAUCUCGACUCCAGCCACAGGGCGGUUUUCUCCUAUCUCAGAAUAGAACGAAUGGGAUUGGUCUGCUUUACACCGAGACAUUCCAUUCCCAGGGACGAGCAGGAGACAGAAGGCUUCCUCUUAUUUCAAUUGCAAAGAGGCCCCCUGAAGGGGUGGGUUGCCCCUCCACACCUGUGGGUGUUUCUCGUUAGGUGGAACCAGAGAUUUGGAAAAGAAAAAGACAUAGAGACAAAGUAUAGAGAAAGAAGGGGGCCCAGGGGACCAGCGUUCAGCAUACGGAGGAUCCCGCCGGCCUCUGAGUUCUCUUAGUAUUUAUUGAUCAUUCUUGGGUGUUUCUCUCGGAGAGGGGGAUGUGGCAGGGUCAUAGGAUAAUAGUGGAGAGAAGGUCAGCAGAUAAACGUGAACAAAGGUCUCUGCAUCAUAGACAAGGUAAAGAAUCAAGUGCUGUGCUUUAGAUAACGUAUACACAUAAACAUCUCAAUGCCUUACAGAGCAGUAUUGCUGCCCGCAUGUCCCACUUCCAGCCCUAAGGCAGUUUUCCCCUAUCUCAGUAGAUGGAACAUACAAUCGGGUUUUAUACUGAGACAUUCCAUUGCCCAGGGACGGGCAGGAGGCAGAUGCCUUCCUCUUGUCUCAACUGCAAAGAGGCGUUCCUUCCUCUUACACUAAUCCUCCUCAGCACAGACCCUUUACGGGUGUCGGGGUGGGGGAUGGUCAGGUCUUUCCCUUCCCAGAAGGCCAUAUCUCAGGCUGUCUCAGUGGGGGGAAACUUGGACAAUACCCAGGCUUUCUUGGGCAGAGGUCCCUGCAGCCUUCUGCAGGGCAUGGUGUCCCUGGUUAAUCGAGAAUGGAGAAUGGCGAUGACGUUUACCAAGCAUACUGCCUGCAAACAUAUUGUUAAGAAGGCACAUCCUGCACAGCCCUAAAUCCAUUAAACUUUGAUUCAAUACAGCACAUGUUUCUGUGAGCGCAGGGUUGGGGCUAAAGUUACAGGUUAACAGCAUCUCAAAGCAGAAACAAUUUUUCUUAGUACAGAUCAAAAUGAAGUUUCUUGUGUCUUCCUUUUCUGCAUAGGCACAGUAACAAUCUGAUCUCUCUUUUCCCCACAACUUCCUUAUGAGGAAGAGGCUAGACUUUCCUUCUGCCUGGGGGCACAAAAUAGACUUUCCCAGGUGGAGAAUUUCAGGUCAGUUACACAGAGCCCGCGGGGAUGAACGUGUCUGGCCGCCUUUGCAGGAGCCAGAUGUUUACCUAUGUUAGUGGGAGAAUAGUGGAGCUCAGAUGCAAGUUGUCAUCUGCCAGACUCCAAAGCCCUUGCCUUUUCUUGAUGCGUCUAUUUUUUUGUAAAUGUUUAAGUUCAGAGGUACAUGUGCAGGUUUGUUAUAUAAGUAAACUCAUUUGUUGUAGAUUAUUUCAUCACCUAGGUAUAAGCCUAGUACCCAGUAUUUUAUUUUCUUUUUUCUUUGUCUUUUGUUUGUUUGUUUUUUUGGUUUUUUUUGAGACAGAACCUCACUCUGUCGCCCAGACUGAAGUGCAGUGGUGCUAUCUCCGCUCACUGCAACCUCUGCUCCCGGGUUCAAGCGAUUCUCUUGCCUCAGCCUCCUGAGUAGCUGGGAUUACAGGCGUGGACCACCAGGCUCAACUUUUUUUUUUUUUUUUUUUUGAGACAAAGUCUCACUCUGUCAUCCAGGCUGGAGUGCAGUGGCACGAUCCCGGCUCACUGCACCUUCUGCCUCCUGGGUUCAAGUGAUUCUCCUGCUUCAGCCUCCCCAGUAGCUGGGAUUACAGGUGCCCCACCACCACGCCCAGCUAAUUUUUGUAAUUUUUAGUAGAGAUAGGGUUUCACCAUGUUGGCCAGGCUAGCCUCGAACUCCUGAGCUCAGGUGAUCCACCUGCGUCGGUCUCCCAGAGUGCUGGGAUUACAGGUGUGAGCUACCGCGGGAGAGAUGGGGUUUUGUCAUUUUGGCCAGGUUGCUCUCAAACUCCUGACCUCAAGUGAUCCACCCGCCUUAGGCUCCCAAAGUGCUGGGAUUACAGGCAUGAGCCACCGCCCGGCUUGGUAUUUUUUUUUCUGAGCCUCUUCCUCCUUCCACUCAAUGCGUCUAUUUUAGUGGAAUGGGUUCCUUCGUGAACAAUGAGGUUGCAGUUAUUCAUGAAGUAAUAAAGUGUUUGCGUAUUGACUGAUUUCUUUGGACUGGAGGGUUUGCCCAGCCCUGUUGAGCUUUGUCAUUGUCUGCCUCAGGGGAAGAGGGAGAUUGUCCCUGGUCAGAGGAGAAUGCCAGGGCUUCUCUCACGUGGAGGCAGCCUCCCAUCUCACCAGCAAGUCGGAUCUUGAGUAGUACUUGUUUCUGGCCCAUUGCCCCUUUAACAAGGGGCCCAGGUGCCCUUGGACUUGCUAAAAGAAUAAUCAUGACUUUGAGUUUAACAAAUGUGAUCACAGUAUUCCACUGUAAUCCACCUUUCCCACUUCUCCUAGCCCUUCUUCUUCUUUUUUUUUUUUUUUUUUUGAGACGGAGUUUGGCUCUUGUUGCCCAGGCCAGAGUGCAAUGGUGCGAUCUCAGCUCACCGAAACCUCUGCCUCCCAGGUUAAAGCAAUUCUCCUGCCUCAGCCUCCCAAGUAGCUGGGAUUACAGGCAUGCACCACCAUGCCCGGCUAAUUUUGUAUUUUUAGUAGAGAUGGAGUUUCUCCAUGUUGGUCAGGAACUCCCGAUCUCAGGUGAUCCGCCCGCCUCGGCCUCCCAAAGUGCUGGGAUUACAGGCGUGAGCCACCUUGCCUGGCCUCCUAGCCUUUCUUUUUUGCAAAUCUGACACUCCUCCCCUCCACCGCAUAUGCCUAGACAAGGCCAGCAUGGGACUCACACAGGAAGAGCUGAGGACUGGAGGAGUGAGUAACUUUUUUUUUUUUUUUUUUUUUGAGACGGAGUCUUGCUCUGUCACCCAGGCUGCAGUGCAGUGGCCCGAUCUUGGCUCACUGCAAGCUCCGCCUCCCGGGUUCACGCCAUUCUCCUGCCUCAGCCUCUCCGAGUAGCUGGGACUACAGGCGCCCACCACCACGCCCGGCUAAUUUUUUUGUAUUUUUAGUAGAGACGGGGUUUCACUGUGGUCUCGAUCUCCUGACCUCGUGAUCCGCCCGCCUCGGCCUCCCAAAGUGCUGGGAUUACAAGUGUGAGCCACCGCGCCCGGCCUGGAGUGAGUAACUUUUACCUGAGUACGUUUCAGCCCUCCAGGUAGUACCAGGUACAGUACUCUGAGAAGUCCGGAGGAAAACGCCUGUGUGGGUCUCAUUCAGCUCUGCGGCCCUCAGUGUCUGUCUGAUAUUGAGUCUGUAGUGAGGAUGCAUAACAGGGUAACCCUUUCUGAGCUCCUGGAUUCAUUUGCUGAAUUAAUAGCUUCAUACUUUCUGAAGAGAGGAAUACUUUAGGAGUCUCUUUUUUGUCUCUGCCACAUUUAUUAAAUUGUCACAUUUUAACACAUUUUAAGCUAUUUUAACGUCUCUUGAGAGAAGGUAGGGGUUGUGGAAUGUGUAUAAAGAGACAGUAUCUUGUUUUUCUUGGAUCCCUAGCUAGCAGAUGUGAUUACAGUUUUUUUUUUUUUUUUUUUUUUUUUUUGAGACGGAGUCUUGCUCUGUCACCCAGGCUGGAGUGCAGUGGCACAAUCUCGGCUCACUGCAAACUCCGCCUCCCGGGUUCAUGCCAUUCUCCUGCCUCAGCCUCUCCGAGUAGCUGGGACUACAGGCGCCCGCCACCACGCCCGGCUAAUUUUUUGUAUUUUUAGUAGAGACGGGGUUUCACUGUGGUCUCGAUCUCCUGACCUCGUGAUCCGCCCGCCUCGGCCUCCCAAAGUGCUGGGAUUACAAGCGUGAGCCACCGCGCCCGGCCUACAGUUUCUUAUCAAGAACCCAGCCAGAAAAUACCAGCCAAACCCUCUUCCUCCAUUGGAUUAUCUGAGGCAGCAUCCCUGUCUGGUGGGCUCUCUGCUCUGAGCAGUUUGUGGAGCUCCAGAAGAUAUAUCUGAUGAUCCUCCCUUCUUCCUUUCAAGGGAUCUCCUGGAUUAUUCAUCCUAAACCUUGGUCUCAUUCCUCUCCUCUGCCCUCAGGUGUUAAGGAAUUGGAUAUCUAUGGAGAUAGCCAGCCCAGCCCUAAGCGACACUGUAGAGAAGCCUGUGGGCCAAAGCUGACCAACUCCCCCACUGUCAUCGUCAUGGUGGGCCUCCCUGCCCGGGGUAAGACCUACAUCUCCAAGAAGCUGACUCGCUACCUCAACUGGAUUGGCGUCCCCACAAAAGUGUUCAAUGUCGGGGAGUAUCGCCGGGAGGCUGUGAAGCAGUACAGCUCCUACAACUUCUUCCGCCCCGACAAUGAGGAAGCCAUGAAAGUCCGGAAGCAAUGUGCCUUAGCUGCCUUGAGAGAUGUCAAAAGCUACCUGGCGAAAGAAGGAGGACAAAUUGCGGUUUUCGACGCCACCAAUACUACUAGAGAGAGGAGACACAUGAUCCUUCAUUUUGCCAAAGAAAAUGACUUUAAGGCAUUUUUCAUCGAGUCCGUGUGCGAUGACCCUACAGUUGUGGCCUCCAAUAUCAUGGAAGUUAAAAUCUCCAGCCCGGAUUACAAAGACUGCAACUCGGCAGAAGCCAUGGACGACUUCAUGAAGAGGAUCAGUUGCUAUGAAGCCAGCUACCAGCCCCUCGACCCCGACAAAUGCGACAGGGACUUGUCACUGAUCAAGGUGAUUGACGUGGGCCGGAGGUUCCUGGUGAACCGGGUGCAGGACCACAUCCAGAGCCGCAUCGUGUACUACCUGAUGAACAUCCACGUGCAGCCGCGCACCAUCUACCUGUGCCGGCACGGCGAGAAUGAGCACAACCUCCAGGGCCGCAUCGGGGGCGACUCGGGCCUGUCCAGCCGGGGCAAGAAGUUUGCCAGCGCUCUGAGCAAGUUCGUGGAGGAGCAGAACCUGAAGGACCUGCGCGUGUGGACCAGCCAGCUGAAGAGCACCAUCCAGACAGCUGAGGCGCUGCGGCUGCCCUACGAGCAGUGGAAGGCGCUCAAUGAGAUCGACGCGGGCGUCUGUGAGGAGCUGACCUACGAGGAGAUCAGGGACACCUACCCCGAGGAGUAUGCGCUGCGGGAGCAGGACAAGUACUACUACCGCUACCCCACCGGGGAGUCCUACCAGGACCUGGUCCAGCGCCUGGAGCCGGUGAUCAUGGAGCUGGAGCGGCAGGAGAACGUGCUGGUCAUCUGCCACCAGGCCGUCCUGCGCUGCCUACUGGCCUACUUCCUGGAUAAGAGCGCAGAGGAGAUGCCCUACCUGAAAUGCCCUCUUCACACUGUCCUGAAACUGACGCCUGUCGCUUAUGGCUGUCGUGUGGAGUCCAUCUACCUGAACGUGGAGUCCGUCAGCACGCACCGGGAGAGGUCAGAGGAUGCAAAGAAGGGACCUAACCCGCUCAUGAGACGCAAUAGUGUCACCCCGCUAGCCAGCCCCGAGCCCAACAAAAAACCUCGCAUCAACAGCUUUGAGGAGCAUGUGGCCUCCACCUCGGCCGCCCUGCCCAGCUGCCUGCCCCCGGAGGUGCCCACACAGCUGCCUGGACAACCUUUGCUAGGGCAAGCCUGUCUACGAACUGUCUGUCACAUUUUCUCAAAGUUUUCUCCUUACUAACUGUGGAAGAACGUGAAAGGCUCCCGGAGCAGCGCUGACUCCUCCAGGAAACACUGAAGCAGACGUGUUGGUUCCAUUCCAUUUCCAUUUCUGCAGCUUAGCUUGUGUCCUGCCCUCCGCCCGAGGCAAAACGUAUCCUGAGGACUUGUUUCGGAGAGGGUGGGGUGGAGCAGCGGGGGAGACUUGGCCGAAGAGAACCGUGCUUGACACCCUCUGUGUCCCCUCGGCUGCUGGACACCAGAAAGCCACGUGGGUCCCUGGCGCCCUGCCUUUAGCCGCGGGGCCCCCACCUCCACCCUCUGGGUUUCCUAGGAGCGUCCAGCCUCGGAGACCUUCACAAAGCCUGGGGAGGGCGAUGAGUGCUGGUCCUGACAAGAGGCCACUGGGGACACUGUGCCGUUUUGUUUUGUUUCUAUGAUCUCCUGGCACGUUUGGAGCUGGGAAGACCACACUGGUGGCAGAAUCCUAAAAUUAAAUGAGGCAGGCUCCUAGUUGCUGAAGGUCAAGGAAUGUGUAAAAACUUCCACGUGGCUGUUUGGUGCAUCUUGACCUGGGAAGACGCCUCAUGAGAACGAACUUGGACAGGUGUUGGGGCCUCUUCUGCAAGAAGUCCCUGAGCUGAGACACAAGCUGUCUGGGUGGUCCACACACCUUCCGGGCCUGCGUUCUGCCUCCAAAGAUGUUCAAGGGCAGGCUGGCUGCACGGGGAGAGGGAAGUAUUUUGCUGAAAUAUGAGAACUGAGGCCUCCCGCUCCCAGGGAGCUGCAGGGCCCCUCUCUCCUCCGACCUGGACUUGGGGGGAACUGAGAAACACUUUGCCGGAGCUGAUGGCUUUUGCACUUUUUUGAUGGCAGAGGUGUGACCUGAGAGUCACACCUUCUCUUCAGGAACGUAGAUGUUGGGGUGUUUUGUCCUGGGGGGCUUGGAGCCUCUGAAGGUGGGGAGCGGAACACCUGGCAUCCUUCCCCAGCACUUGCAUUACUGUCCCUGCUUUUCCCAGGUGGGGACAGUGGCCCAAGCAAGGCCUCACUCCCAGCCACUUCUUCAAGAGCUGCCUGCACGCUGUCUUGGAGCAUCUGCCUUGUGCCUGGCACUCUGCCGGUGCCUUGGGAAAUUCGGAAGAGUGGACUUUGUCCUGGCCUUCCCUUCAUGGCGUCUGUGACAUUUUUGUCUGUGACAUGGCGUCUGUGACAUUUUGUCACAUUCAUGUCACAUGAAAGCAUGGGACCUGUCGUCACAGCCUGUUGGUUUCUCCUUAUUGCCUCAAACCCUGGGGUAGGUUGGACGGGGGCAGUCUCGUGCCCAGAUGAAACCAUUUGGAAACUCGGCAGCAGAGUUUGUCCAAAUGACCCUUUUCAGGACAUCUUAAAGCUCGUGCCAAAGGUCACUUUUCUUUCCUGCGUUCUGCUGUGAGCCCUGAGAUCCUCCUCCCAGCUCAAGGGACAGGUCCUGGGUGAGGGUGGGGGAUUUAGACACCUGAAAGUGGGCAUGGAGAGAAGAGCCGUUGCUGUUUGUUUUUCGAGAAGCGCUUUUAAAGAAUGCAUGUUUUUUUCCUGGUUGGAAUUGAGUAGGAACUGAGGCUCUGCUUCAGAUAUGGUACAAUCAAGUGGGGGAUUUUCAUGCUGACCCAUGCAAGCCCUCCCCGCCCAUUGCACCCGCUUUGGCUGGCGUCUGCUGGAGAGGAUGUCUCUGUCUGCAUUGCCGUGCAACUCCAGACUCGCGCAGUUUUCUCUCUCUCCCUGGUUGUUGAGUCUCAUCAGAAUGUGUGGGCACGGGGUGGGCAUGCACGGGUGCAUGAUUGUGCUUCACUUGGUUGUAUUUUUCAAUUUGACAUGUAAGGCCUUUUGCUUUGCUCUUGAGAAUAGUUUCUUGUGUCCCCCUUGCAGGCCUCAUUCUUUGGACAUCGACUCUGAAGUUUGAUACAGAUGGGGCUUGAUAAAGCUGUGGUCCCCUCUCCCCUCUGACUACCUAAAAUCAAUACCUAAAUCCAGAAGCCUUGGCCUAACACAGGACUUUAGUUUGGGAAGGGCCUAGAUAGGGAGAGAGGGAACAUGAAUCUGGACAGGGAGGGAGAUACUACGGAAGGGAGAACACUGCCUACUUUGGAAGCCAGUGACCUACCUUUUGAGGGGACAUUGGACGGGGCGGGGUGGGUUUGAGCUACAGUCAUGAACUUUUGGCGUCUACUGAUUCUUACCAACUCUCCACCCCACAAAAUAACGGGGACCAAUAUUUUUAACUUUUGCCUAUUUGUUUUUGGGUGAGUUUCCCCCUCCUUAUUCUGUCCUGAGACCACGGGCAAAGCUCUUCAUUUUGGGAGAGAAGAAAAACUGUUUGGAACCACACCAAUGAUAUUUUCGUUUGUAAUACUUGAAAUUUAUUUUUUUAUUAUUUUGAUAGCAGAUGUGCUAUUUAUUUAUUUAAUAUGUAUAAGGAGCCUAAACAAUAGAAAGCUGUAGAGAUUGGGCUUCGUUGUUAAUUGGUUUGGGAGCCUCCUAUAUGUGACUUAGGACUUCUCUGUGUUCUGUGUAUUUGUCUGAAUUAAUGACCUGGAAUAUAAAGCUAUGCUAGCUUUCAAACAGGAGAUGCCUUUCAGAAAUUUGUAUAUUUUGCAGUUGCCAGACCAAUAAAAUACCUGGUUGAAAUACA